AUGCAAAGGUCACCAGGAAAGAAAGCCUGCCUGUCGGACAGAGACCGGUCUGCUAGCAGAAAUCCAGGUCUUCUGAGAAAUCAAAACAAGAGGCAUUUAUGGACCCUUAGCAGGACCCAAGAUACUCACUAUUAACAGUCCAGGAAGGAUCUUUCUUGUACAAAGGAGCUUCCCAGGGCUUCUGGAAUUACAAUGGAGGAGAAAGCUGGGGAGGAACUGGGGCCGGAGAGGUCUGCCCCCAAAGAUUUCCACUUUUAUCACAUGGAUCUGUAUGACACUGAAAACAGACUACACAUCUUCCCUGAAGAAAACAUUAGGAUGAUGAGGGAUGGCAUCCAAGCUGAAGUGAGCAGUGAGCUGAGAGGGGAAGAGGAUGAUAAGAUUCAAAGAGACCUUCAAGAAGAAGUGGAUGAACUUGUCCAUUUAUACGGACUUGCAGAUGAUCAUGAGUUGAAGGAUGAGUUUGUGGAUGAAAACUUGUCCAGAGUUGGGGUUCCAGAAUAUCCUCCUCAUAUGACGAAGAGGAGAGACCCAGCUAGGGAGCAGAGAGACUGGAGACUCCCUGGAGAGGCAGCAGAGGCUGAGGACCUGGGUUUCAGAGGGUGGGGAUCAGCAGGUCAGUGCCAGGACUUGCAGGACGCCUACAGGUACACACACGGCCGAGCCAGCGAGGAGUAUGAAUGCUACGUCAUCCCCGAAGAGGAGGAUGAGGAGGAAGCUGCUGAUGUCUUCUGCAUCACUUGCAAAACUCCAAUAAGAGCUUUUCAGAAAACUUUUGAUGAACACAAGGAGCAUGAAGUGAUGCCACUCAGCAAGGCUCUGGAAAGCGCCAAGGACGAAAUUCACAAAAACAUGUACAAAUUGGAAAAACAGAUUAUUGAGAUGGAAAACUUCGCCAACCACUUGGAGGAAGUUUUCAUCACUGUGGAGGAGAAUUUUGGAAAACAGGAACAAAAUUUUGAGUCCCAUUACAAUGAGAUCUUGGAAACACUUGCUCAAAAAUAUGAAGAAAAAAUACAAGCUCUAGGGGAGAAAAAGAAGGAGAAGCUGGAAACCUUAUAUGGACAACUGGUCAGCUGUGGAGAAAAUCUAGACACCUGUAAAGAGCUGAUGGAAACCAUAGAGGAGAUGUGCCAUGAGGAGAAGGUUGAUUUCAUAAAGGACGCAGUGGUUAUGGCUGACAGACUUGGGAGAUUCCUGAAAACAAAGACAGACAUGGAAAUCUCCACGCAACCUGACUUUGAAGACCAGACCUUGGACUUCUCUGAUGUGGAGCAGCUAAUGGGCUCCAUUAACACUGUUCCAGCUCCUUCUGCUCCAGUGAUAAAUCCUCAGGCCCCCAACUCAGCCACAGGUUCCUCAGUCCGAGUGUGUUGGAGCUUGUACUCUGAUGACACCGUGGAGAGCUACCAGCUGUCCUACCGGCCAGUGCAGAACAGCUCACCUGGGAAGGACCAAGCAGAGUUUACUGUGACCAUCAAAGAAACGUAUUGCUCGGUGAUGAAACUUGUGCCAAACACACAGUAUGAAUUUUGGGUGACAGCUCAUAACAGAGCUGGCUCCAGCCCUCCCAGUGAGCACGCGGUAUACACAACAGCACCUUCUCCCCCCAUCAUCAAAACCAAAGAGAUAAGAAGCUGUGAGGAGGCAGCGCUGAUUUGCUGGGAGUCUGGGAACCUGAAUCCUGUGGACUCAUACACCAUGGAGCUGACCCAGGCGGAAAGGCCAGAGGCUGCAGGUGUAACUGACUCUGUCGUGGGCAUCCCGACCUGCGAGUCCCUGGUGCAGCUGCAGCCUGGGAAAAGCUACCUGGUCUGUGUGCGAGCCCUCAACAUGGGGGGGCCCAGCGAGAGGAGUCAGCCUGUUGCAGUCCAUACCACAGGAAGCUACUUUCACCUAAACAAGGACACCUGCCAUCCCUGGCUGGCCAUUUCUGAAGAUGGGUUUACAAUCGUCAGAAGCGAAAGGAAGACCCCUGCCAGGGAGCCGCUCCCCAACAGCGCGCGCUUUACCAGGUGUGUUGCUGUCAUGGGAAAUCUGAUCAUGGUCCGAGGGCGCCAUUACUGGGAGGUGGAGGUGGACGAGUGUUUGGACUAUACAGUUGGUGUGGCCUUUGAAGAUGUCCCUAAACAAGAGUACCUGGGAGCAAACCGCCUUUCCUGGUGCAUGAGGCACACAUUCACACCAUCAAGCCAUAAGUAUGAAUUUCUGCACAACAGAACAACUCCAGAUAUGAGAAUAACAUGUCCCCCAAAGAAGAUUGGCAUUCUACUAGACUAUGAAAAUUCAAAGUUGUCAUUUUUCAAUGUGGACAUUUCUCAGCAUCUGUACACAUUCAGCUGUCAGCUUCACCAAUUUGUACAUCCCUGUUUUUCUUUGGAAAAACCUGGGUGUCUAAAGAUACAUAAUGGUAUUUCCAUGCCAAAGUCUAUCACUUUCUGACCAUUCUGACGUCCAGUCUCCUCUCUUGAAUUCCUAGGUCUCUUGCAGCCACUCCCACCUCAGCUGGCCAACCUUGGCAUUCAAGUGACAUGCAGCCAGCACACUCUGUGGCUCAUAUCACCGGCAGACAAGUGUGUGGCUCUCAUUUCAGUCGACUUGGAUUCCAUGCACUGCUGCCUAUAUGAUACUAGGGUAGCCAUGACCAGGCCUGGCUGUAAAAUGAGGGCUCAGACUAAAUGAACUCAAGUCUUUGAAGUUGUCAAAAUGUAUUUGUCUUAUUUGUAUAUAUGCAGAGACUCUUGAGUCUCCAAGAUUUACAGAGCUCAGGGGAGGAGAGAAGCCUUAAUGGCUCCAACAGCCAGUACACUAAUGACCUUUCACGAGUCAAUGAAGAACAGACUUGAGAAGGCCACAGGCUGCCCAGGAAACCAGAGACCUCAUACACACCCUUCGUGAUGCCUUCUCCCCUUCUGUUUGUCCAUAGUGAGCAGCACUGUCUUUAUAACACCCCCAUGCUGCUCUCCAAUUCUGAAAGUACCUCUAUAAUGCCUAAUUCCAUGAAGGCAGAGAUGGUAUCUGUUUUAUCACUUGAUCCCCAAGGGCUAACACAUAGUAGCUGACACCAAAUAUUUGUUGAAUAAAUGAAAAUCUUCAUCUAGCUCUCUGUGAAGGAUGCCAGGGCUCUCUACAGCAAAGGAUCUAUGCCCAGGAAAGGGGAAAUCUUGAGGGAGGCAGUGAGCAACAGAAGGGCAUGUAUGCCCUAAUAGCAAGACUGGGCAAAGGGAGCACCCCUGCUACUAUAGCAGCUACACCUACGUGUGGUGCUUCCACUGUGUGUGUGUGUCCAGGAGGGAGCCUGGGGGAUAGAUGGAGAUAAAAUAGAAAACAUUAGUUGCAACUGAUUCUACAAACUGUCCUGCCAUGUAAAAAGAACCAGAUUUGAAAUCAGAAGACCUAUGUUCAAUUGCUACUUUAUAGCUACUUUGCCUUAAGACCCUGGAAAAGUCACCUUAUCUCUGGAGCUCCUGUUUCUCUUUAAUAAACAAAAGGAAAAACACUUGUCUCACAGGACUGGGAGACUUAAUGACAAGCUUGAGAUCACCUAAUAAUAUAUAGUAUAUUCCAAGUGCACAACAAUUUGAAAACAAAACAUCAGCCUACCACAGGGCAAAGCUGAGCACUAAUAGGCCUGAAGGUGUCCUGCCUCACCACCCCCACGUCAUUGUGAACUGAACGUCACCCAACUCUGCCAGCUGCAUUCCUGGUUCUCCAGUUCCAAUUUCCAGAGCCACUUAAGCUCUGCACCAGCAGCAUUUUCAAAGCUUGUGAGUCAAGCUGCAGAGAACGGCCAUUUGUGAAGCAAUUACCAGAGACAAUUCAGUUUUAUGUCCCAUGAAUGCCUCUCUCUAAACCCAGAGAUGACCUAAUCUUAUCACUAUGUCAGCAGUUCUCAAUGUGUGGGUCGUGACCCACAGGAACUGUAUUAAAGGGUUGUGGCAUUAGGAAGAACCACUGACUUAUGUGUUAACUGGAAAAGUGUUUCACUUUAAAACUUUCCUGUUUUCCAGUACACGAAAAGUCUAACACACUGAACACUUCUCAUCUCCUGCUGAACUCUGCCUACUGGUAUAAGCAGCAGCUCAGAUUCCUGAACUAACAACUCAUCCUGACAAUAGCUCAUUAUAAGACCUGCUCCACCGCACACACACCUGCUCUGCUGGGCUGGAUCACUACCCUGAAAUAAUAAGGAAGGUAUAGCAGAUGGAAGCACAAAAAUGGUUCAAGUUAUAAAUAAUUGUAUGUGUGUGUACACUCAAAAAAACUCUCAGCUACUGAAAUAGAAACUACCAAGUAGAAAACAGGAUAUCACACAGAUGGCACGUUUGAUUCAAGAUUCUAACAGGCUUUCUGGAGUACUUUACAUGUUAAUAUGAACAUGGGUAAAUGGAAAAAAAACUGGACACUUGCAAGUUUUAAUAAAAUUUUUAU